CCGGACGAAGACAAGUCACAUGUCCCUUUAUUUGUUAAAAAAAUGAAGGGCAGCAUUUGAGGACAUGCUGCUGUAGCACAUAAAACCCAUUAACAUCGCUACGUGUAGAGUGAGGACAGACUGAGCAGCCAAAGAGAGCGCCUGGACCGGAGGCUAACCACAGCAGAGAAAACGCGAACUGAUUUUUAAUAAUUGAAGACACAUUCGUUUGCGGGAGGCGAGUCGUCCUUUAGACAACACAUGCUUAUGAACAGUCACACCAUUAAUGCAGACUAAAGACAAGUCAGACACUGAAGUCUACACACGGAGAUUAUUUUGUUGAAUUAAAAAAAAAAAAAAAAAAAGAUAACGAGAACUAAUUUGCAAAUACAAGAAGGUAUAGACAAUUUCAUGCGUAAAAAUGUAUCCUUUCUAUUUUACCUGUAUAUUGGUAAUAGUUGGUACGUGGGGGGUCCUGGGGUCCCUGCCGACCUCAGCAGGGAACUCUUCAGCAGCAUCAAUUCUGGAGAAUAGCAGUGAUCAGACCAACUCCACGUACACGUUUCCCUUCGGGGACAACAUUUCUACUAUCUUGAGAGACCUUCCCACGUUGAAAAAUAUUGUGUUUAUCGUAUGCGGCUUCACCGCUUUUCUUAUCGCUUGUUUGGUUGUUAAAGUGUUCAGGUCUGGAAGAAAGAUAAGAAAGACGCGCAAGUAUGACCUCAUCACAACGCCGGCGGAGCGAGUGGAAAUGGCUCCUUUGAAUGGAGAUAAUAACGAUGAAGAUGAGGAUUCCACUCUCUUUGAUGUGAAAUACAGGUGAAGAGGGCUGCGUGAACUGAGCCGGCCCCCGCAAAGUCACUCCACUGCUGCGUUCUGGCACAAAACAAACGACUUGAGUUUUCUGUUUAUUAUCCUCAACAUUACACUGCUGUAAAGAUAUGUUCAAAUGAAGUAUCUGUCAUAAAAAAAGAAACACAGUUGACAUGAAAUCUCAGGUUAAUCUCCAGACAGGCAGGUGUAUAAUACUAAUGGAACAAAUAGGUUAGGCUGCCCCCUGUAAGGUUAGGCUGUAGGUAACCUGGUCGUCAAUGAAAUACUGGCCUACUGGUCCCCUUCAUUAGAAACAGUAAAUGUUAAUCAGAAACAGUACAUACACAACAUGAAAAAAAAAAAAAAAAGAUCUUAAUCCCAUUUGAACAAAAAUAAUUGUUUGCAUAGGGGUAUAAAGGUGGUGUGUGUGUGUGUGUGUGUGUAUAUAUAAUCUUAUUUUGUCUCUGUAUACAAGUGUGAGAAAUGCUAUAAAUUAAAGAGUAUGAUAAAUGUUAAAUAUUGUAAUUUGAAUCUGACUUUUGAUUAUGGGAUAUUCUGUUGUAUAGAAUAUCCCAUAUCUACUAACCACUAACUGUGUAUGUAAAACUGUACAAGGUGCCCCAUGUAGAUUCCUGUAUAGAAGAGAACCGCACUAAAGGGGGUCACCAAGUCUGUAUUAUUAGGACUGCGAAUAAUUGGGAGCUAUUCUAUAAAGCUGCAGUUAGGGCUGAUGAUUGUUAGAAUUUCACUAGGAAACUAGAUCUUUAAAUCUUUUUGAAUUAGUACAAGAGAAUGUUGCCUUAUCAUGAACUGGGGAAGUUAUGUGGCAAGGUACCUAUUUAAGGAUUGUCGUGCACAGUUCUGAACCGCUGAAGUGCUUUGUGUUCUGGAUCCCUUCAGUAACCUGUGGACUCGCAGAACCUCAAGGCUAGUUCUGUAACGACCUGCUGGGUUGUCCAUCCAGCCAGCACCUGCUAUGCUGCUGCUGCUGCUGUUCUUGGGUAACAUGAUGUCACCACGCUGCUAUGGAUGUUUCAGUCGCUGUAAUGCCAAAAACUUACCUAGUAACGUUCUCCCAAGACCUUCUCUUGGCAGCCCUCCCUGCCAGUUAAGUAACCUUGAAGUUCACUGUGGUAAUCAUUGAAGAGCCCUGCUAGAGUAUCCUGCAACACAGCCAGAUGGAUACCUUAACACAGGGAUUCAGUAAUGGUGAUGCAAUAUGUGCCAUGCUGUUUUUUUUUUUUUAAAUCUAAUGUUAAGCAUUAUCUUUUUUUUUUUUUUUCAAGGUGGUGUGGGUUUCUUUUGAGUGCUGCAGUUUUAGAUUGUGUGCUUGUGAAAUUAUUUUAGUAACUAAGCUUUAGUAUUUCUUUCUAAACAAAAUAUUGCCAAAGUGUUUGAUGAGAGUUUGCUGCAAUUUACAUGGAUGAAAUAGUUGCUAAAAAAAAGUUUAGCAAAAAGUUGCUAAAACUGUAGUGUUAUUUCGUAUGGUUCUUUCAUUGCUUGUUUGCAAAACUGCAUGGCUGUAAACACAGUAGUUAACAGUAAUCACAUAAACACGGCUGUGCCCUCAGUCACUGGGUUUAAUCAGAAACACUGUUCGAUUAAGUUUGGGUUGCAUUCCUCGUGUAGGAUUGGAAUUUUCUUUGAUCGUUCAGUUAAUUUUCGGUAAAAACUGUUGUGUCUAAAACACUGAAUAGAUUAAUGAUUGCUCAAGUAAUUCCCACACCCUUUCUCCUGUGGAGUGCCAGUACAGCAAUGUGCUCCAGCCCAUUAGCAUGAGCCCAUUAGCAUGAGCCUGCUGGUUCUUGUUUUCCACUCUUCCUGUCAAUAUGAAGUAGAUUCAUUAGCGUAUUUUUCUGACAUCGCCCACGGGCAGGCUCAGUGGUAUCUGAAGCUCUUGACUUGCUGUGUGGUGUUUUUAGCCACAUUCCUUUUCUAAUAUCAACCACCAACAAACUGGAAUUUAUAUAUUUUCAAUAACUGGAGUAUCUUGUUUAUUAUAUUUUGUUAUAGACAUGUCUGUAUUAUCUUCAUUGUAAGUGAAUAUAAUGCUGUUACACUUCCUUUUGAAGUUUUUGUUCCACCUGUUCAGGUGUCUGUUCAUAGCAUUGCAUUGAGUGAUGCAUUAAGACAUAGUAAACUACUACAUACAUGGUUAUUGGAAGUAACCGAGAAACACUAUGACACUGUGUUCCUUCUUCCCAGAUAAUGUUUGCUGUAGCCGCUUCAAAUAUAUCGUUUUUCAUGCAUUAUUUUGUACCAAACUGUUUCACCCUUAUUAAAAUCAUUCAUGGGAUUAAUGUUGAAUAUUUUAAGAUGCCUCACAGAGCAGACGGCUGUAGGUUUCUAAAUUGAAUUAAAGAGAUCAUUCCCUCUGCGUGUUGUCGAUGUCGUCCUGUACUGUUUGUGUACCACUGUGUAUCUUGUGUCUAGUGUAAGUUUAUUUUGUGCACAAACCCAGUAUCUCUGUGUGUUGAAACGUGGUUUCUGCCUAUUUUCUUCUGGUUCCUUGAUUGAACUGCGAUCAUUAUACAUUGCCAAUAAAUUAUUUUUACCUGUUGAUUAAAUUCUCCUAAUCAAUCAACCUAUAUACUCGCUGAUAAUAAAUAAAGGUGACGGGACAGUUGCUAGUGUUGGCCUUUUUGAAUGGAUCAGCAUUGGAAAACAGUGGUACCUGUCCUUAAGAUGCCAAGUACAUCAUAUUCAAGAAGCUCCUCUGGGUCUUAGUUAUUUAAAGCUCGGUCGAGUGGUGUGUUAUUUUGUACUGAACAAAUGGAAAAUGUCUGUAAUAAACAGAAUCUCUGCACUA